AUGUCAGGGUUGGCAAAGUUAAAAGACUCUAAAUCCGGGGCCCGGGCCUUAUAUCACAGUAAAACCGGGUAUAAGGUAAGUAAAUACGUUUUUUAUUAUUAACUUGUAGUAGGUAAAUUAGUUUUUUAAACAAAAAUAUAACACAAUAUGCGGGAUAAACGCUGGCUUAAUGAACUUCAAGUAGAUUGUUUAGUUUUUGGUUUUGAUAGAGCUAAUAUUAUACUACAAUAUAUUUGAAAAUUUAAGCAAGUAAAAGUAUUUCCCGAAUGGACAUCAGCUCAUGCCAUUCCUUUAGUUGGCAGAUUCACAAGAGUUUGUUGUGUCUUCUGGCUUCUCAUCUUCGCGGCAGCUUUUGGAGUUGUGGUGUGGCAAACUGUGGUAUCAGUGGAGAAGUACCGAGCCUACAAUGUCUCAGUACAACAAACUCUCAGCUUUAACAGUAUGUCAUUUCCGGCCGUCACUUUGUGCGAUUUGAAUCCAUACAAACGAGAUGAGGCUUACAAGAUUGCUGAGGUAGGUUUUGAUGUUUUAUUACUGGAUGGUUUUAUAUUGAAGUUGUCAAAAGAUUAGGCUCAUUUUAAGGUAAUAUUGUUUUCUAUUGAUUCAUGAAUUAUUUUUAGGUACAAACACUAAUGGAAGCCUAUGAAUACGCUCUGCAGAAGUCAUAUUGCACUAAUACAACGUGUAAUGUGGCUACAAAUACUACUUUAGAUGACUAUUUGGAGAAGGUUGGGCUCAGUGUAAGCUAUAGUUAAAAUACGUUGUUCAUCUCAAAGAUUGUACAUUUUUUAAAAUGAUUUUGAGUUUUAGCUAUCAUUUUAUUUGAAACUUUAAAUUUUUAUUACCUGUAUGGAUGUUGGUAUUAUAUAGAUGGCCAUUUGAUGUCUGUAAGAGCGUUUCGUGACAAGGCUGACAAUAACCAUAUCUUGUUGUAUACUGGUAUAACUAUACUUCUUUGUAGUUGCUGUAUGCUUAUUGCUUUAGGGAGUGAAAAGCUCGACAGCAAUAAACUCAAAAGCGCAACGUCUACUGACUUUGGUGACUGGUACUACCGACAUGACGGAGGCUGGUGCACAAUACAGCGGCUUUCUUCAAGGAUGCAGCUUUAAUACACAAGAUUGUCAGGAAAAGUAAUUUUUUUAGUUCAUAAUAUAAUGUAAAAUCUUACAAUUUUAACCUUUUUUUUGGAUUAAAAAAAUUUUUUUUUGGUAUUGUGAUGGUUUAAAAAAUAAUUUUUAAUAAUAAUAUUAAUUAUGUUAAGCGACUGGACUAAAUUUGACAGUCAAUCGAUGGGGACUUGUUUCAUCUUCAACUUGGCUGCUACACGUAAUGUUUCCCGUGUUGGGCCGAUUUACGGCCUCAGGGUUAUUUUGAAGACGAAUGUGUCUCAACUCUUACCAACUUCAACUAAAGGUGGUUUCAGAGUUUUGGUGCACGAUCAAGGAGAAUAUCCGUUUCCUGAUGUCUAUGGAAGCGAUGUUAUGAUCGGAUCUGCUCCGUCGCUUGGGGUAACGUCAUUAUGAUGUUUUAUUUUACUAUUUUUAAAAUUUUGUUUGUAUUGUUAUCUAAUGUUAUAUAUAACUUAAUAUUGUCGACUUUAACUUACUUAGCCUAACUUAACUUUUAGGUAUCAUUCACUGACAUAUCUCGCCUAAGCAGUCCGUAUGGCAAUUGUCAUUCAGACAUCCCAGAAGGCUAUUUGUAUCCUAAGAACUACUCUACUGAAGGCUGUAUGAGGUCUGAAUAUCAAGCACAGAUGGUUGAAGUUUGUGGAUGUUAUGACCCAACGUACCCAGCACCUGUCAAUGCUAGUACGAACAUUGACAAUGUGUACGAAGAGAUUAAUAAUGCUACGUUUGCUUCUGUUGACUCGAAUGAAACGACUACUGUAGCUGCUACUACUGCUUCUGGAGUGCCUGUGUGUACUAUGAGUGACAGUAAGUGGUAUAUAAAUACUUGAUAUGUACUUGUUAAGUAUUUCAGUUUCAUCCUAUUUUUUGGGUCAGUCAUGUUAUACUAAUAAGUGUUUGAUGCCGUAUAUCUUAAAUAGUAUAAAAAAUACUUUAGUAACCUGCUGGACAAGUCAGAUAGACGCAUUUACAACAACGAAUUGCACUCAACCUUGUUAUGAGAUUGCCUAUGAGACAUCGUUGUCUUUUGCCAUGUGGCCAAGUGGUUCAACUUCUACUAUUGGUCUUUGUAUGAGCGGAGACUACGGUAACGAAACUUGUUUAGAAAUGUAUCAAGAGAACGGAGCAUUACUACAGAUUUACUUUGAGUAUCAAAGCUACGAGAAAAUGUUGGAAUCUGCUCAGUAUCCGGUUGGUUUUUGGGUUAAUAUAGGUUAAAAAGUUUGCUUUAUUCAUCAAUAACUUCAGUGUAUAUUAUGUAUGGACUAAGGAGCUUCAAACUAAUUUUCAAGCUAUGAUUCACAAAACAUAUAUAUAUUUUUGUUUUCAAAUUAAAAACUGAUUAAACGCAUGUGUUAACGUAACACAACAUUAUAUCUCACUUUACCAUCUCUAAAAUUAGAUUCCAAUGUUAUGGCCAGCCGGCUGUCUGUAAACUCAAUUUAUAAUUAAUAUGGGGGAUGUUUCGCCCAUUCCCAGCCUAAAGACCGAUCCCUCCGAACAUAAGACAACUCAUUAUGUUUGCAUUUUCCUCGUCAUUCCGUUUUUAUCAUUUCAGAAAAGUACUUUUCUCUCCAAUUUCGGCGGACAAUUGGGCUUGUGGCUAGGAGGGUCGAUUAUCAUGUUGAUCGAGUUUGUCUUACUUUUGCUACAGGUACGUAUGCUUAUUUGUUUAUGACUUAUUUAACAGGUUUGUAUUAAGUUUGUUUGUUUUUGCCUUUUUAUGUGGGGACGAGUCAAAAUUUGAAUUUUUUGUGGGAGAGGAGUAGGAGUGAGAAACGUAGGCCUGGACGUUGGCCUUGGGCUAAAGUUGAAACGGGUUGGGCUCUUUUCUACUUUUUUUUGUGUAUCACAACCAAUAAAAAAAUAAAAAUUUUUUUAAAACGGGUCGGACUAGGCUAGCCGGAUCUAGAUUUUUUUGACUGGACUGGCCGGUUCGGCCUGAGAAAAAAUGAAAACCAUCUGGAUCUAAAAGCUGGGCUUUGGACUUGGACUCUGCUUCAAAAGUGGGCCCGGCCCGUUUUUCAACCUUAGAAGGGAAGAUUUUAAAAUUUCUGCAUAUAAAUUUUUGAACAAAUGGGAUGAGGACUAACAGUUUUUUUAAAUUUGAACUGAAACGUUAGGCCUUUAAAGAGUUUAUUUGCACUGUGCUUUUGUUUGCGUUGUUAUGGUCGUUCCGUGUGCUUUAUUUAAAAAAUUUAAAAUUCUUUAAUUUUAGUUUAUCAUUACAUUCUGUGCUCCAGUUUGUGACAGAUUUAUUGGCUACUGA